AUGCCGCGAAAUAUUUCUGCCUCGCGCCCAGGCAAGUCCGAGCAAGUUCCCCCGGGCUAUUCGAUCGACCCAACGAUCACUGCCUCAUUUACGGUGCCAACCCUUGCCAGCACAACGGCCAAAUACCUCGAAAUUGUCCAGCCCCACCAAACCAAAGAGGAGUUUGGGAGAACCAAGAAAGCUGCUGAGGAGUUUGCAAGUUCCGAUCUUGGGAAAGAGUUGCAGAGGAGGCUAGAGGCUCGGGCUGCAAAUAACGAGACCGGCCCGAACUGGUUGCAGAUUGAUCCUGUCGUGGUCUUUGUUUCAUAUUUCUUCGUGCACGUAGACGACAAGCUUCGCCGAACGCCCGAAAAGCGUGCAGCUGCUCUUAUAAGAGCUAUGCUUCCGUUCCGUGAAUUGGUGGAGACGCAACAGCUUAUUCCAGACAAAGCUGUCAAGUAUAACCCCCAACAGAAUAACCAUAUUACAUUCAUCCGCAAGAACAAGUUCUACACUGUUGACUUGGACCACGAAGGCGUUCAGCUUUCUACUGCCGAAUUAGAAUCUCAAAUCAAGCGAGUCAUUGACGUGGCCGGCACAGUCGAGGGGCCUGCUAUCGGUGCCCUCACAUCCGAGAAUCGCGACAUCUGGACAGACGCACGUGAAGCCCUUCUCGCCGUAUCACCGAGCAAUGCCGAGGCUCUGCGGCAGAUUGAGAGUUCUGUUAUCAUUGUCGCGUUGGAUGACUCUAAGCCUGUGACACGCGAAGCAAUCUCGAGUGCCGUUUGGGCUGGAAAUGCGAAGAACAGGUUUUACGACAAGCAUCAGUUCAUUGUGUUCGAUAACGGGCGUAGCGGGUUCCUUGGCGAACACUCGUGUAUGGAUGGGACACCGACCCUCCGAAUGAACGAAUUCAUCAUCUCGAGCGUUGCCCGUGGCAAAGUUGAUCAUGGCUCACCCAGCGUUCGACCCAACAUCCCACAACCUAAGGAGGUUACCUUCAAACUCGAUGCGAAGACCAAUAAGUACAUUAUUGAGGCCACUGAGCACUAUAAUGAACUUGUUGCCCAGCAUUCUAUGGAUGUAUUGCAUUAUGAAGGCUACGGCUCGUCGUACAUCAAGAAGCACAAGAUAUCUCCUGACGCAUGGGUUCAAAUGGUCAAGCAACUGGCAUUCCAUAAGCUCACCCAGCGCCCAUCCGUCGUGUACGAAAGUGCGCAAACCAGGAAAUUCCAGCUCGGGCGGACAGAAGUCAUUCGGAGUACCAGCAAUGAGGCGAAGGCAUUUGUUGAAGCAAUGGAAGAUCCUCAUGCCACUGACAAACACCGAUCUGAGCUCCUCCGCCGUGCUGCUGCGCGUCAUCUGCAAUAUGCUGCGUGGGCUGCGGAUGGACAAGGAGUCGAUCGACAUCUUUUUGGUCUGAAGAAACUCCUCAGGGAAGGCGAGCCUACGCCCUCCAUCUACACAGAUCCAGCGUUUUCCAAGACGAACCAUUGGGAACUAUCAACUUCACAGCUUUCCAGCCCCUGGUUUGACGGAUGGGGCUAUGGAGAAGUCGUACCUGAUGGUUUCGGUCUCUCGUACGCUAUUGGUGCUGACUACCUUCGUUGGACGAUCACUACGAUCACUGGCAAGGGCGCUGAAUUAAAACACUACCUUGCCGAGGCAGCCACUGAGAUAAAGCGCAUGACGGAGAGCGCAGCGCACGAAGCCGAGGUCAAGGCUAGAUUGUAAAAGCCUUGAAGGCGCACUGCUGCACAAGCAGAGCACAAUAUCCUAAAAGAAUUCACGUGUCAUUAUACUUAGAUUAGAUCUUCACUAUACAU